AUGACUGCGGGGGUGCAGGAGACGCCAGCGGCCGUCUCUUGUUCUGUUCAGUGUUACCUGCUUGGACUACCUUCUGUGUAUUUGUUCCUUGCUUAUUCUGUAUGGACGGGUUUCCUCCCCAGUGUACAUCUGCGUGUGGAGGAGAAGAUCACGCUGACCUGCGGCCGUGACGGCGGCCUACAGAACAUGGAGGUGCUGGGCAUGGUGACGCUCCGAGUCACGGAGGACAAAAACGGACGCAUCCGCCUCGUUAUCAACAAUAAUGACAACAAAGGGUUGCAGCUGCAGACACAUCCCAAUGUGGACAAGAAGUUGUUCACAGCUGACUCCAUUAUUGGCCUGAAGAACCCAGAGAAGUCCUUCCCUCUCAACAACGAUGUUGGUGUCCUGAAGUGGAGACUACAGACCACAGACGAGUCCCUCAUACCUCUAACCAUAAACUGCUGGCCUUCAGAGAGCGGAACCGGCUGCGAUGUCAACAUUGAAUACGAGCUGCAGGAGGAGAGCCUUGAGCUCAACGACGUGGUCAUCAGCAUCCCCGUACCUUCUGGUGUGGGAGCUCCUGUGAUUGGCGAUCUGGAUGGAGAGUACAAACACGACAGCAGGCGGAACGUCCUGGAGUGGUGCCUACCCGUCAUCGAUGCCAACAACAAGACCGGCAGCCUGGAAUUCAGCAUCGCCGGACAGCCCAAUGAUUUCUUUCCUAUCAAUGUGUCCUUUGUGUCCAAGCGCAACUACUGCGACAUCCAGGUUACCAAAGUGACUCACGUAGACGGCGACAGCUCCGUUAGAUUCUCUUCAGAAACCUCCUUUGUCGUCGACAAAUACGAAAUCCUGUAAAAACAAAAGAAAAAAAAAAAGGUAUUCAAAGAAAACGACAAAAUCAAAAAAUAAAAAUCACCAACAAAAAAAGUCCAGAUCUAUGCUACAGAGAAAGAUUGAAGAUUUCUUGCCUGCCCGCCCUGUAUACUAUUUGAGAGACUGUGUACAUCGACAGGACUACGUCAGCCCUUUGGCGAAGCCUCUUCCUGUGGUGGAGCAGAGCAGCGGUGGUGUAUUUAUAUGUUUGUAUGAGAGAGGAUCAUCUAUAUAUAGAGUUAAUUGAACAGGAAAAACCAACAAACAGACACACACACACACAGACGCACACACACAAAGAAACCUACACUGAUGCUGUUGUGUUCGCCAAGCAGAACUGUAAAGAGGACUUCAGACUAAGUAGAGGAUGACUGCGGGGGUGCAGGAGACGCCAGCGGCCGUCUCUUGGUCAGUCUAUCGGUAAAACCCUGCCAGGAGGUAGAGAGGGAGAACAGGGACCCGAGGCCACUAUCAGUCUCCACUAGAGUGAGCGCUGGCAGUUUAGCAUCCCCCCCAAAACCCCCAAACCCCCCCGAGAAUCGUGCAUCCUCCACAACCUGUCUUCUUCACUCGCAUUGCAAAGGUUCAUCGAUUGUUAAAUGGGGUUGUUGCUUUUUUUUUUUUUCUUUUCAGAUUUUCUUAUGCAUAAUAACUGCAGAAUUGUAGCUGUUUCAAUCAUUAUAAGCCUGUCAUUCUUUAAUCGUUAAACUCUUGUGAUUUGCUCUAUUGAUAUCUCACAUCAGAUGACUGUUUUCGUUUUAUUCUCGUGAGGACACUUUUGAUUUUUCAGUUUUUCGUAGACAUCGGCUCAUCGUUGAAAGGCAACAAUAUCGCUCUGUGCUCGGUAUAUUGUCCGUACUGUCCGUGGUCGUCAUCAGCAAAAUUGUCCUUUUUAUUUUGAACUUGGAUAUUUUUUACUGUUUGCUGUAUAAUUUUUCAUUGUUUACCACUAAUCUGGAUGUAGAAAUUUGACAUUGAAGAGCAGGACUUUGUAAGGGAUUCUCAGCUGCAGGGCGACGUUACCUACCAGUAAAUACAUUUGACUGUUGCAUCUGUUGACUUUCCUGAUGAUCUUUUUCUUUUUUCUUGUAACACCAUUACAACCACUCCUCACGCCAAAAACAAACAAACAAAAAAACAGACGCCAUGUUUCACUGUGGUCAAUUUAAGACCAGCGAUGAUCAGCCCUCAGAUAUCAGAGUUUAAAAAGUUCUUUGAAGGAGGCCCAGAAACAACAUCCAACCCUCUAAUCUAACAUCCCACAUGAGGCUUUAGAUCUGAGAUGGGGGGCGGAUGUGUGUUGGCGUCCACUCAGACACACAGAGCUGGAUCAGAGCCCUGAUACUCAACCCCUCACAUCCAAGGUAAGCAGGGAGCCCUCGCAGUACACUGCUGUUCAUCCACCCAGUCAUCCUUUACUUACAUUCUCAUAGUACAUCAACAUUAUUCAAAAUAUAACAUUUGUCUUUCAUGUUUUGUUUUUUUUUUCUUUUUCAUUUGUACUCCCCAAAUUUCAACUUAGCAGUGGUUGUGUGGAUGUGGGGUUGAAAAUGACUAGAUUGAGCAUUUUUAACUAAAUUGCUGAAGGGGAAUCUUAACAUUCCAGUGUACAAUUAGAAAAAAAGAAUCUUUAAUGGAAUAAAAAUGUAUUAUUGAAAAUGGAA